AUGUGAUGCUAAUGACGAUGCUAAUGAUGGUUUAUUAAAUAAUGGUGCAAGAACAAAUGAAUAUAUUCAAUCUGAUCAGCUAUGGUCAUAUUUAUUAAAUAUUAAACCGAAGUCAACACCAAAUAUGAAACUAGUUAUUGCCUACGUAUUUUCUAUUCCAUGUAGCAAUGCUUUUGUUGAAUCAAUAUUCAGUCACAUGAGUCACUUAUGGUCUGAUUAUCGAAAUCGAAUGAAUAUCGAACUGGUCGAAGCUGAACUACAAAUCAGAAUGAAUUCCAAUAUUCCUUGUGCACAUUUUUAUGACUUUCUUUUAACUCAAGAGGAACUAUUGAAACACAUAGCUUCAAAUGAAAAAUUUUUUAGAAAAAAACGUCUUGAUAAAUGA